GCAGUGAGGGUGUGUGGAGCUACAGGAUUCCUGUUUCAGCAGCCUCUCCCUCUCUCCCCCGGGGGGAGACAGCACUCCCCACUCCCUCUCAGUCUCCUCGCCUCUGACUGGCCUCAGCAGCUCUUUCACAGACCCUGGAGUCUCUCACUCGACAGUGCCCCAAUGAUUGCCCACACAGCUCCCAACCAGUCCCUGGUAACGGCUCCUAAUCUCAGCGCAGUCAACAGCUCCAAUGGCUCACUCAUUUGCCCCGAAGGUAAUUUCUGGGAGUGGAUGUACACCUUUCAGCCGAUUUACAUCAUGGUGGUGUGUGUCACUGGCGUUGUGGGGAACUGCUUUGUCCUGAUCGUCCUGUGUUUACAGAAAGGACGUUGCACGAGGCCAGAGGUCUACCUGGGGAGUCUGGCUGGGGCUGACCUGCUCCUAUUGGCUGGCCUCCCCUUCUGGGCUGUUAACAUUGCCCUCCACUACGAAUGGCCCUUCGGAGAUUUCCUGUGCCGUUACGUCAACUCGGUGAUCUAUAUGAACUUUUACAGCAGUGUCUACUUCCUGGUGAUGGUCAGCAUUGACCGCUACCUGGCUCUGGUGAAAGUCCUUCAUUACAGCAGAAUACGGACACUCUCAUGUGUCAAGAUCAACUGCUUCAUCAUCUGGAUGUUCGGCUUGCUGAUGAGUAGUCCCAUCAUCAUAUUCCGAAGAGUGAUCUAUGUGGAAGAUUUGAACAUCUCUGCCUGCUUACUUGAUUACCCUAAUAAGUAUUGGGUUCUGAAUAUGGACAUUCUGAUGGUUGUCAUUGGUUUCCUGAUCCCUGCGCUCAUCCUCAGUUUCUGCACAUUUCAGGUCCUGAAGGUCCUGAGAAACAACCAAAUGCAGCGCUUCAAGCAAGUGCGAAGGGAAAGCAAGGCAGCCAUCUUGGUGCUCGCUGUCCUUUUGGCCUUUGUCAUUUGCUGGCUGCCUUUUCAACUGCUGCGGUUCCUCAGGAUCUUUGUGUUUUCAGACAUCCUGCAGGGCUGCUCAUUAGAAAGAGCGAUUAGUAACGGCAAUCAGAUUGCGAGCUUCCUGGCCUGCACCAACAGCUGCAUUAACCCCAUGCUCUAUGUCCUUGUGGGAAAGCAGUUCAGGAAGAAAGCACAGGAGGUGUGGGUCCGAGCUAGGAGCAGGUCGUUACAGACUUUGAAUGACUCCCUCACAAGCCGCACCACAACAGUAAAGAGUUAACAUCUGGAUAUGAAGCAGAGAUGGAGCCGCCUCUCCAACUGUGAACCUGUCUUCACACAUCAGCUGUGGUUGUCAUGCUGUUUCUCUUUCUGCAACUGAUAGGAAAGGCUGCUGCAAAAUGCAUGUCAAGAUUCUCAAUUAUAUAAAGGAAGGAAUGGGAUGUAUUACAUACCAGUCUGUCCCUGAUCACUUUUGCUUCAAACCAGGGCAUCACCAGAUAGAGAUGUGGUGAUGUCCAGGGGCUCUGGGAGAAAGGGAAGUAAACUGGACAAGAGCUGUGUGGCUCCUGGUCAAUGAUCAUCUGCUAGGCUCUGGCUGAGGGCGACAUCAAGAUCAGCUACUGCGCCAACAAGAGGCUUUAGGGCGGCCCGGUGACUCAGUGGUUAGAGCUGCUGUCUCACUGCGCCAGGGGCCCGGGUUCCAUUCGAGACUCAGGCAAUUGUGUGGAGUUUGCAAAUUCUCUCCGUAUCUGUGUGUUCAAAGAACAAAGAAAAUGCUGUGCAAAUCCAAGGAAUAGAAUUAUAAGGAUAUGGGACAAAUCCUUUAGGACUGAGCUGAAUAGAAAUGCCUUCACUCAGAGUGGGGAAUCUGCCACUGAAAGCAGCUGAAGCAAAAACCAUUGAAUGUUUUCGAGAAGGAGUUAGAUCGAGCUCAUAGGGACAGAUGGGGUUGGAGAGAAAGCAGAUUCUAUGGAAUUGUCACAAGGCAAUUGGACAGUCCUGGAAAAAGCCAGUUUUGCAGGAUAAUGAACGUAAAGACUGAUUGAUAGCAUAGAGCCCAGUUGUGGAACAGUGGCAGUGUCUCUAUUGCUGGAGGUCAGGGUUCACGUCCCACCUACUCCAGAGGUAUGUAAUUACAUCUCUGAACAUGUUGAUUAGGAAAAUAGUUUAACAAAAAUCUAAUUGUAUACCUCUUCCAAAAAGCUAGCUCAGGCAGGCCAGGGCACAUGGUUUUAAAGAGAGAUCACUAUUGAUUUGAAACAUAGUAAAUCACCUGCAAGGUAGAUAAAUGGGAAAACAGGUAACAUGGGAGAGUUAUAACUCAGGUACUAGAACAAGGUUCAGUGCAGUUUAACAAUGUGGGGUCUUCUCAAGAAUAUUCCAGAAGGCUGGAUAAACUUGUUAAAAUGAUUCAGCAACACAAAUAAUUUGUAAUGUAUAUAGUACCUUUGAUUAUAAAUUUGGCAUGGUAUAAUGACAGUAAUCCUGUGUUCAAGUGAUGUUGAGAUGAUACAAUGCUCUGUUUGAUCUCAUAAUUAAUAAAAUAUGCCAAAGUAUGUAGGGUAACAUUAAUCCUUGCUGUUAUGAUAUGAUGUGUGUUAUCACAGAUGUGACAAUAAAUGA